CAUUUUUGUCAUCGCGACUAUCAAAUUAAUAGUUCUGCUUUCAAAUAAAUUCUUAAAUAUGCAAAACUAUCGAAUGAAAACGAAACGACAAAUAUUUAUAUUAGAUUAAAUUCACGUAUUCCGCAUAUGAUUAAAUUUUACGAAGAUGACAAAUAUAUAAAAGGCUGCGUGAGAUUAUGCGUAACCGAAUUCGAUAAUUUGGAGUAUUCCCCGAUAUAUCCUGGAGGAAAACGCGAUUUAGAUGUAUUAUGGAUCGAUGCUUACCUCGUGCUGGAUAAAGCUCUAGCUACUCUGAGUUGUUUAAUCGAUUCUGCUUACCAAGACCCCAUAGACAAAUUUAACCAAAGAAUCCGCAAAAACUGCUCUCCUUCCUCCAAACUCUUCCACUUAACGGCGUCCCACGCUAAGAACAUCCCGGGUCCUAAUUGCCAACCGCGAAACUGGGCCGGAUUAAAAGGACAAAAUACCUCAUCUUUAUCAACUGGAACCGGUUUUAAUGGUCUCUGGGGGCUAACAACUCUACCAGAAGACCGAAUUUUAGAACAAAGAGAAGACCUGCAUCAAGUAAAGCUUUACAGAUCCUGUCCCUUUACCCGUGCACCUUUAACCCGGUAUGGAAGCGAAUGUAUAGGGUUUGACACCCAUUCGAUUCGAAGACCUCUUUUUUCCUCAUAUUUAGCGCUUUACCAAGAAGAAAACAAUUGCAAUGAAACGAAAGAAGAGAUUGUAACAGAACCUCCAAAUAAUUUGCAAAGUGGUUCUCAAUUUGGUCACCGAAGGGGCUCGCUGCCUAUAGUCAACUCAUUGCAAUUCAACGAGGAAAUGGAUCCCAAGAAAAAAUUAUUCUCCCAACAAUCCUCCUACAUGAAUCAAUCCAAUCUAUCUCUUUCGAACGUUUUGAACGGUUUAUUCCGCGUUAAAUCUAUCAAAAACAACUUAAAAAGGACGAAAAGUGUCAUUAAAUUAGAUAAUAGGAAACGGAAAUCAGCGAAUGAAAGCGAUUUCAAAAACUUGAACACCCUGGAAUUGUCUAGCCGGCAAGAAGAACUUAAAACGCCACUCAAAAAUGGUUUCGUUUCCUUAUUCCUCCCCCCUCACUCCCCUUGCAUUUCAAAACAUGCUCGUUCUUCUAAAUAUAUACACACUGAAGCAAACCGAGAAAAUUCCGAUUACGAGCCUAAUUUUAACAACUUGAAUAACAGUUCACUUACUUCCACCGUUGCUCACUCCAAGAUAAACGGAAAUUUUACAAAUUUCAGUCCAUGUUCGAGCGACGAUUUCUAUUCUUCUUCCGAUCCAAGAUAUUCCAAAAAAAGCUCCUAUAAUUCAAUCGUCAAUAACAACCCCGAAAUAUUCAGAGAAAAUUCUGUCAAUCACUCAGGCUAUAAAAACCUAAAAAUAUUCUCCAAUUCUCGCUCUAAACUCGCUUCCAACUCUAAAAUUUACCCCGAAAACAAUAUAAAUAUGAUAGAAAACCGUGCAAGCGAUAAAAAUUGUACGAAUUCUUUUUUCCCUCAAAAAUCUAUCAUGAACGCCCAAAAUACCCCUAAUCUUCAUGCCAACAAACCUAAUCCUCAUUUCAACAAAACUUUAUUAAACCGCGAUUCUUUAACGCUAGCCACCCAUCACACACUAGACUUAAACCUCCCCGGAAUAACCUUGACGCCUACGCAUAAGAGCGUAUUCAAACAAACUCAUUGCCUCAGGGUGUCGACCCCAGUCGCGACAAGUACUUCUAAUACACUCGGAUCGACACCUAGUCGGACAGAAAAUUAUUACAGUUUUUCUACCACGGAGGAAUACGUUAGAUGGAUAGAAAGUAUUAGGGAAGCCAUAAACCCUUAUCAUUCCAGUGUCCGGCGCCGGGAAAAUUGCCUGCAAAUUUGGAUUCUUGAAGCCAAAGGCGUUCCAGCUAAGAAAGGAUACUUUUGCGAAAUCUAUCUUGAUGAACACUUUCAUUCGAGAACAGCUACCAAAACUAAAGCUGAAAUAUGUUUUUGGGGCGAAACUUUCGAUUUUAAAAAUUUACCAGACGUGCAAAAUGUUUUCGUCAAAUUUUAUCGAGACGAUAGCUCUUCCAGUGGACCCACUAAAAAAAAUAGAAAACCAAAAAGCAAGAAAGAUUGCAAUAAAGCGAGAUUCAUAGGAAAUGUUUCAAUUCCCGCAGAUCUUAUAAAGGGUAACCAAUUUUUCGAGAAAUGGUAUCCUGUCACAACUCCUGGUCAACACUCUUCUCACAAAAGUCAAAGCAGCAGUUGUGAUAAACCGUCUAUUCGCAUCAAAGCCAGAUAUCAAACAUUUGAUAUUCUACCCCUCUGUUUGUACAAGGAUUUCCUAAAUCUACUCACUGAAGAUUACCUGAUAAUAUGCCAAUAUCUAGAAGCCCACAUAUCCGUCAAAACUAAAGAAGACAUAUCGACCUCCCUGGUUUAUAUAUUUGAAAACUUUGGUAUGGCUCAGGAAUUUUUAACCAAUAUCGUAGAGAUGGAGGUGAAUAAAUUAGAAAACGAGAGCCUGACCUUCAGAGGUAACUCUUUGGCCACCAAAUCCAUCGAAGCCUACAUGAAAUUUUCGGGACUCUCCUACCUACGCAGAACUUUGCUAGAUUUUAUCAACGUUAUUCUGGAAUCCAAUGACGAUUGCGAAGUAGACCCAACCCGGGUAGCUAAUAAGACUGCCCUAUAUAAGAACCAACAAAAUCUCACAAUGUAUUGUGAGAUGGCUUGGACCAAAAUUGUCAACUCCUAUUCCUAUUUCCCUAAUCCCCUCAAAAAGGUAUUUCACAGCAUUCGUAAACGACUGGAAGCCUCUAGCCACAAACCCGAGAUAAGCGAUAACGUUAUAAGUGCUUCUAUAUUUCUUAGAUUUUUAUGUCCUGCCAUUCUCUCUCCCAGCUUAUUCGGUCUAGUGCAAGAGUAUCCCCAAGAAAGAGCUGCUAGAAAUCUUACGCUUAUAGCUAAGACUAUCCAGACUCUUGCUAAUUCUAAUAAGUUCGGCGGGAAAGAGGGCUAUAUGAAUUUCAUGAACCAUUUCGUGGAGAGGGAAUGGAUCAACAUGAAGUGUUUCUUACGCAAAAUAUCGACGGUUGAUAGUUACGAUUCAUCCUCAUUUAGAACGGAUAAGAGUGAGCAAAAUUGCCUGACAUUGCGAUUCCCCGAAUUCGAGGAUUAUAAUGAACGGAUGGACGAAUCAUGCAAUAGUUACUACAAUAACUCCAGCUAUAAUUUAAGCGGAAUAGACUUGGGUAAAGAACUAUCCUUAACUUACAGUCGCCUCAUAGAAACUAUGGAUAAAAUGGACACCAUAUAUGAGGGUAAAGACAGCUUCACUCAUAUAAAUUCAAAACUCAGAAAAGUCAUUGUUGAUAUCCGAAACGCUUCUUUCUCUUCUUGCUCAGACGAUGCUUCAUCCAUAGCUGAACUACAUCGACAAAUACAAUUGCAACAGAAAUCAGUCAUUUCAGAUGAGGAAUAUAAUAUAAAGAAUCAACUUCCUUACCUCGAUGCUCCCCUAUCUCUGUCUGCCUUCGAUAGAUUGCACGUAACUGGCGUCAAUUCUCAUUCAUUCCAAAAUCAAGUAACUACGAACUUUAAGAUCCAUUUUAAUUGCCAUAGCCCGAAAUCAAAAGAACUUUUCGAAAAUCGUUGUAAUACUUUCGAAAAGAACAGUAAAAAUAAUCACGUUAGGAGUGUAUCGACUAGCGUUUUUGAAGAAUAUCGGUAUAACAAUUAUACCGAUUCGCAAGGAUCCAUGAAUCAAAAUGGUAUAAGCGAUCAUUCUGCUAAAUCCGUCAAAGAACACCAAUAUGGAAAAGGGACCAAUGGAUGGGCUCCACUGGUCUAUUUCGAUGAAGAGCUCGAAGCCGAUAUGAUGGAGCAAAUCGAAACUCAGCAUCAUGCAAAUUUUAAUAAAGAGGAUACCUCGGGAUGCGAUAACCUUACUAAUGCAUCAUUCGAUGAUAGUGGCUGUUGUCGAACGAAGAACAACGAAUGUAUCAGCAACGGUAAAUGCGACGGCAUUGAGACCGAGACGGAAGAACCAAUGCUGCUGCUUCAAAGGGAAGAGGACGAAUGGGACGAAGAAAAAAGGAGCCAGAUUUCAGUCGGGAUGGCCUCCUCCGGUUACCAUACGCUUAAUAAGCCAUCAUCUUCUUUCAAAUCCAAUUCCCUUCCUACGAGCAAUGAAAUCCUCAGCGAUGACGAUUGCCAUUGCAAAGAUGCCACUGUUAUGAAUAAUGAAUUAUUUGACAAUUUUAAAAUUCGCCAUGAGACGGAUAUUUCAUACGAAAUAAAUAGCGACGAUAAACGCAACAAAUAUUGUGUCGAUGACCAAUACGCUUUUGAUGAUGUAAAAUCGACUGAUAAAGUCAUAGAAAAUAACUCGAAGAUAGUUUCGAACUAUGAGGUUCAUGAUUUAGGUAACCAGCUUAUUAAAGCCUAUCACGAUGCUAGUCUUGAUGACAUGAUCAAAAAUAAGGAAGUCAAUGUAUCCAAUGGAAAUUUUAUUCAAUCUAAUCCGGUCUCGGAUAUCGGUAUUAAGCCUAGGCGUCAUUUUCGAAACGCCCGUCUCAGAAACUCUGGUAAUGUUAUAAAAACGACAGAUUUAACGCCUAUGGUGAAUUCUAAAAGAUGCAUGAAAGAUUCUAAAUCUCCCUAUGAGUAUGAAAUGGAAAUCAAUUCUCUCAGACUCCAACUUGAGCUAAUAAACAAAAAGCUGGUUGAUGCAGAGACAAAAUUUUAUAAAGGUUUCCACAAAAAUCACGAAGUGGCCCCAAUAAUUCAUUGUCCACUUGUGAUGCACGAAACAAAUUACGACUUAAAAAUAAAUAUUCCAAAUGGCGAUGUCGCGUCUCAUAAGAAAGAAAAGGACCAACAGAUCGAUAUUAUAUUACAAAAAUUGCUGAUGUUGGAAAAAGAGUUGAAAAUAGAGCAGAAAGAUGUCCAAUCAAAGGUCAACGAUAAGCAAAGGAUUAUAGAAGCCCAAGAACGCAAAAUACAAAAAUUGGACAAAACCAAUGAAAAACUUCUCAGUGCAUUAGGAAAAUUAAACGGCCUAAAAAUCAAUGAUAAUUCAAUCGAGCUUCCUGCAAAAAUUACUUGAAGGUCUUUAAUAAAGAGUCUACCUUAUUCAUUAUUAUUAACACAUUUCAAUUAUCACAUCAUUUAAACUGAUAUACCAUAUAUAAAUAAGCGAGGCAAUAUAUUUAUUAACA